AUGAGGUUGUCUAUCGCUGCCAUAGCCCUCGCCAGCUUACUGGCGCCGGCUACUGCUACUACCGGACCACCGGCUGUACAGAGUAGCAGGCCGGCACAAACGGAAAUCUCUCCUUCGCUCAAGGAGAUAUUAGCUACUCAAGCGACCGCCAAUGCUUCCUCGCCGACUUCCGACGUCAAAGGAGUUGCAUUUGACCGUAUAAUCCAGAUAUGGCUUGAAAACACAAACUUCCAGGCAGCAUCUGGGGAUGAUAACUUCAAAUGGAUUGCUAGCCAAGGAAUCCUCCUUGAAAACUACUUUGCCACAACACAUCCCAGUCAACCCAACUAUGUUGCCUCUGUAGCCGGUGACAACUUUGGCAUGGACCAUGAUGACUUUUUCCGCUUCCCCGAGAACAUCAGCACUGUGGUCGAUCUACUAGACACUAAAAAGAUCUCUUGGGGCGAGUAUCAGGAGGACAUGCCCUACGCCGGCUUCCAGGGUUUCAACUUUUCCAACCAGAAGACCUUUGCCAACGCGUACGUGCGCAAGCACAACCCGUUGAUAAUGUUCGACAGCGUUGCCAACAAUUCCACCCGCGCAUCCCAGAUAAAGAACUUUACCAGCUUUUAUGAGGAUUUGGAAAAAAAGCAAUUGCCGCAAUGGUCUUUCAUAACACCCAACUCGAAUGAUGGGCAUGACACCCACUAUAAAUUCUCUGGUCGUUGGGCCAGAGGUUUCCUCGAGCCCCUGCUGAAGAAUGAAUACUUCAUGAACCGCACCCUCAUCAUCCUUAGCUUUGAUGAAAGCGAGGUCUACACUAUCCAGAACCGAGUCUUCACAGUCCUUAUGGGCGGGGCGGUCGACGAGAAGCUGCGUGGUACAACUGAUUCCAUGUUCUAUAACCACUAUUCUACCAUCUCCACGGUUUCGGCCAACUGGGGCCUGCCUUCAUUGGGCCGUUGGGAUUGCGGAAGCAACAUCAUGUCUAUUGUUGCCAACAAAACCGGCUACAAGAACGUGAUGCCAGAGCUGACAAAGCUGCUCUUCAACGAGACGUAUCCCGGGCCGGCGUCGAACAAGCGCUACACGCCGAACUGGUGGCCUGUCCCGGAUACGGCGUCGUCGUGCUCUGCCGGCAAUGGCGUCCUGGCGUCGGUCAAGGAGACGUGGAAGAACCUCGCAGGCCCUGCGUACAAUUACAGUGAUGUUUUCCCGUACGAUCAACGGACCAACACCAACACAGCCGCGCCGGCAAUUAGAGGCGCCAUGGCUGUGGUAGGACCGUCGACAGGCAGCAGCGCCGAGACGAAGAACGGUGGUGCGUCUUCUGCAAUCGACCGCACGACCGUCUGCCUGGCUGGUUUGGCGGUUCUGUCAACAUUACUUUUCUAA